AUGGAUAAUUAUAAUUCUCUUAAUAAGCAAGUACCUGUUCUUUACCCAACAUACGAAGAAUUCAAAAAUCUUUCUGCUUACAUUAUCUCACAAGAACAACGCAUCAUACAAUCUCAAUUUGGUGCAUUCAAAAUUGUUCCACCAUUCCGUUGGGUACCUGUCACCAAUUGCUUCUCCAGUAUUCGAAUUAAGUCGUAUCUAACUCAGCGUAUUACUCCAUCAUCAAAAGUUAAUCAUGUAUAUCAAAUUAAAAAUAUAAUAACAACAAAACGUCGAGCAAUGUUUUACGAAGAAUUUAAACGUUUAGCCGAAAGUGAACAUCAUCAUUUGUCCGAUUCAAUCGAUGACGUUGAAGAAUAUUUUUGGAAAUCGAUUCACGAACAAACUUCGACAAUGCAUCCCCCAAUAUACGCUGCUGAUAUUAAUUCUAGUUUAUUUUCGAAAAAAGAGACAAUCUGCAGUUUUAGUAAUCUUAAAUCGUUGCUCAAUUAUUAUCCGUUGGAUAUUAAAGACCGUUUAGAGAACUUUGUCAAUGACAACAAUUUAAUUGAACUAAGUGGUGACGAGAAAUUGUGUACAGCCCCCAUUCAACAUAAAACGUUAUUGAUUCACCCAAAUCUUCUAAUACAAAACAAUAUUGACUGUCAUCAGAUUAUUCAAAAACAAAAUGAAAUCGUUUGCAUUCUACCACGUUCGUAUCAUUUUGGUUUUAAUUGUGGAUUGAACAUUGCCGAAGCGAUCAAUUAUGCAUUGCCUUCUUGGAUCAAUUAUGGUAUGAAAACUAAAAUUUGUUCGUGUGUGCAACCGGUUGUUAAACUUGAUAUGCAACAUUUUACAACAGAUAUUGUCGACAAAUUUGAACAAGAUAUUGGGAAAACAAAACUACCAUUAACUAACUUUAGUUUUAGUCAACAACCAACAGAUCCGAUUACUCACGUUUCAGAUCUAUUUGUUGACACGAAUUGUCACCUACCAGAAUCUACACACAAUCAUAUCCUCUCCGACGAUAUGCAGUGUGUUGAUUUUGAAGAAGUUCAACUUCUGAAUGAUUUAGCCAAAGUCUAUACACUAACCACUGAAAUAUCUCAACAACAACAACAAAAGCAAGAAGAAGAGAAAUGGAAACAAUUUGAAGAGAAACAAGCAAUUGUGCAAGCUGUAAUAAUGUUGGACGAUAAAAAAAUUACAACUGAUAAUCGAACUUAG